GUCUUCCACCACCAUGUGGGUCUGGGCUUUGCUUCCAGUGGUCCUAGCCAUAGGGGGUAGUAUCGGCUUCUGGGUUGUGUAUGCCAUGGCAGUUGCAAAUGGCUCCGUGAACAUCACAGAAGCUUUUCCAUACAUCAGCACAUGCGGGGCCUACCCACCGCAGAGCUGCAUCUUCGGUCAAGUCCUGAAUCUAGGAGCCUUUUUAGGUGUGGUGAUCUGCUAUCUGAAAUACCAGCAGUUGCGGGAUUAUGGUUGUAAUUCAUAUUUAAAUGUAGUCGGGCUGGUUUUUGGCCUGCUUUGCGCUCUUGGCUCAUCUGUUGUGGGAAACUUCCAGCAAUAUAACCAACUGGAAACCCAUAUGUUUGGCGCCUUCUUGGCCUUUGGGGUGGGUAUCCUUUAUUUCUGGACCCAAGCCAUUCUGACCUAUCGAGUAAAGCCGAGACAUGGAGGAUUGUGGAUCGGGCCUCUCAGGUUCUGUCUCAGUGCCUGUGGCCUCGUUCUUCUUGUUGCCACAAUCGUACUCUUCAACGUGGGACUGGACUCGGAGUCAGCCUACUGCGAAUGGGCCCUGGCCAUGGAUCUGUUCCUGCUCUUUGGCCUCUUUGCUGUGGACUUCUGGCACGUGGGCUCUUGCUCGGUCCACGUCCAGUACAGCAUGACGAACCAAGAAACCCUGGACAUUCAGGCAUCAACCCAGACUCUACCGCUUUGA